AUGCGCAUCAGGAGCCCAAGUCUCAAUGGAUCUCUGAAGAAUGUUGCUGUGGAGGAAUUGAGCAAGCAGGGCUGCAGUGUCACGGUGUCUGAUUUAUAUGCAAUGCAGUUUGAGCCAAGAGCCACCAGAAAUGACAUUGUUGGUUGUUUGCACAACCCAGAGCAGUUUAAUUAUAGUGUGGAGACAUGGGAAGCUUACAAGAGAGGAGGUCUGUCCAGCGACCUGGUAGAAGAGCAGAAGAAGGUGCAGGAAGCAGACUUACUGAUUUUUCAGUUUCCCAUGUAUUGGUUCAGCAUGCCAGCAAUCAUGAAAGGCUGGGUGGACAGAGUCUUGGUCCAAGGAUUUGCUCAUGAGUUUCCAGACUGUUAUGAUUCUGGCUUGCUCAAGAACAAAUUAGGCCUGUUUUCUUUUACCACUGGAGCACCCAGAGAGAUGUAUACAAAAGAAAGCAUCGAUGGUGAUAUUCGCUACCUCCUGUGGCCCAUGCAGCAUGGAAUCAUGCACUUCUGUGGUGUCAAAGUCCUCGCACCUCACAUAUGCUUUGCUCCGGAAUCUGUCUCCGAGGAGCAGAGGAAGGAGAUGCUGACUGCCUGGGCCCACCGUCUGAAGACUCUGUGGAAGGAAGAGCCCAUAAACUGCUCUUCUGAGUGGUAUUUCAAGUGACCUUCAGGUACAAUACUACAGAGAGCAGACUUUUUUCUCUUCCCGUAUUUUUGGUGCUUUAUCUCCAUAUCUGAAUGCUAAUUUCCUAAUACAAACAUGUUACGAGUAUCUGGAGUACCACAGCUAGCAGCUUAGCUGACAAUUUAGCACUUAUCCUCAUUGAUUCUUGAGAGAUUCUCCUCAAUGAUGGGUGCAAAACCCUUUG